UAUAAAUAAAAAUUAUUGGUAUUCUGCAUUUUCAAAACCGUAACAAUUUGAAGUGAUCGCCUUUUGAUCGUAGUCUCGCAUUGCUUAUCCGAGAGAAAGUAUGAGGUUCACAGAUUAAGAUUGGUCGUAUUGCAUUUAGAGAAGUAAUUCCGUUUUGUACUCAAGGAGUAAAAAUUAGUGUUACUGUUACUCACUGUGCUUAAAGACUUUAUUAAUACCGAGUUUUGUGUAAUACAGACUUCCACUGAAGAAGGAAUAGGGAACACCUAAGGAACAUAAACAAAUUCAUCAGAAAAUUUUGGCAAUAUUAAAAAAAAUUCUACAUACUCUUCGGCACUAAACCCAAUAAAAUGUUUUACAACUUAGAUAGUUCAUCUGCGGGAUCUAUAUCUUCAGCUGAACCAAGUAAAUCCAGCAGUUCUUUUUCUAAUCAUUCCUUCCGCCUUAGAAAGAAAAAAGUUGAGGAUGAACACGAUAAUAAGGAGGUUAAAAUGUUUUACAACUUAGAUAGUUCAUCUAUAGGAUCUAUAUCUUCAGCUGAACCAAGUAAAUCCAGCAGUUCUUUUUCUAAUCAUUCAUUCCGCCUUAGAAAGAAAAAAGUUGAGGAAGAAUACGAUAAUAAGGAGGAAUUCGAAUAUUAUGAGGAGAGAAGUUUACGGGAAAUGGGUUAUAUUCCAAAAUUCGAACGUGAAUGGGGUGUACUUCCACAAAAGAACAAAUCAUUGUUACCUUGGAACCUAAAGCAUAUAUUAAAGAAACGUGUGAAUGCGAAUUAUACAAUAUUAGUUGGUGAUGAAGAUAUUACUUUACACUUGAUUCCUUUUCAAGUUCAUUCCACAGUUUUCAGAAGAACAAAACACGAAAGAUGCAUUCGUUUACAUAGUAAGUACCUUUCAGUGCACACCAUAACGAAAAUGUAUAGAUGGAUGAUCAAACCCAAUGCUGUGAUACAGCGGCAGAAUGUGAUGGAAUUGCUCAAAGGUAGCAUUGUAUUGAAGAUGAAGGAGUUGUAUACACACAUAUGUGCCUACAUCUGCUCGAAUGAGUUGUUCGUAGAGGAAUCAGCCUUUUUACUUUUCACUGAGGCGCGCCCACUUAAUUUGCCAAAUAUUGAAAUGAUGCUAUUAAAUCGUAUAAGUAAAUUCUUUCUGAUACUUGUAUCUUCAAAUGAUUUCGAUAUACUGACAGCAUACGAGUUAACAAUAUUAUUGCAAUCUCAGUAUGUGUCCGUUAAUACAGAAAUCGAAGUAUUUCUGGCAGUGAUUCAUUGGGUUAACAAAGACUUCGAGCGACGAAAACAAUAUUUAUUAGGUUUAUUACAAGAUGUGAAAUUCGAACUUAUUCCAGCUUGGUAUGUGGUACAGUUUCGGAAUGACAAUGAAUGUGGCGUAGUUGAAAGAAUAUUGGCAAUACCGGGUGUUAGUGAUUUCCUUAAUGCCCACUUGACAUUUGGAAAUAAUUUACUUUACUAUCCCUUUGAGAAAAUAGAGUAUCCUGAUGUUGAUGGGCAUCCCGAAAUUGUCAAGCCACAACAACGUAUUUGGAUUUUUGAUCGAAACUGCUCCUAUCAUCACGCUCUUUACUGUCAACACAAGAAAUACUUCUCCUAUACGGAAUUCACAAUGUAUCUAGCAAUACUCCAAAUAAUGCCUGUCAAUUACUUCAAGGAGUUUGUGACUAUAACUAGCGACCAUAUAAUACAUUGCUGUAAUGUAAUUAACCCGGAAUUCGAAAUGGGAUAUGACGACACCACGGUUGAGUGCAGCUCCAAUGAUGAGCAUUCAGAUACUGCUAGCGGCACAACUGAUAUUACGCUCUUUAUGCCUUCUGCGCAUAAUCCUGAAGUGGAAAGAUUUCGUGAGGCCCUCGCCCGCUUAUAAACCUCAAAACCUAGAUAAAGUACUAGAAAAAAAAAUGUUUAAAUCUUGGAAAAAUUUUUUUUUUUUUUAUUAAAUAUAUUUGAUUAUU